AUGAAGUACGAAAACUAUGAUCCUUGUUUCCCUGAGCAGCCGGUUGUCGAUUUAUACCUACCGGUGUGGGCUAAACUUCCGGCAUUUAAGCACAAGCCGGCCUUCAUUUGGGUCGAAGAUAGCCCUGAUGGAGUGUCCAGUUGCUCGUCGUCUCUAACUUACGAGCAGCUGAACAAUACAGUACAGUCGAUUUCCGAGCAACUUCAGCUACAAAGAGGUGACACUGUCGUGAUUUUAUGUGCACCCGGGCUCGACCUUGUAGAGAUAAUCUUUGCCUGUAAAAGAGCAGGCCUUUUGGCUGUUCCUAUAAUCCCUCCACACCCUUCUUUUGCCAAUGAUAAUUACCACCACCUUGUCAGGGUUUUGUCCCAGACAAGGCCUAAAGCAGCCUUGGCCCUCCGGGGUUAUAUUGAUCAUGUUCGACUGUAUCUAUCUUCCUCGACCAAUAAGAGACUUUCCGAGCUUUUACAGAAGCUUCAAUGGAUUCCCAUUGAGGAAAUAAAGGCUGGGAAAGUUAACGUUCAACGGAAUUUAUCAUCAUACAAUGGUUGUAAGCCUGAUGAUUUGUACUUAAUUCAGUACACUUCUGGUGCUACCGGGAUUCCUAAACCGGUUCUCUUGACAGCAGGAGCAGCAGCCCACAAUGUUAGAACAGCUAGAAAAGCCUACGAUCUUCAUCCAAAUAGUGUAAUAGUCUCUUGGUUGCCUCAGUAUCAUGAUUGUGGGCUUAUGUUUCUGUUACUCACCGUAAUAUCAGGUGCUACAUGCGUGUUAACAUCGCCUACUGCGUUCAUAAACCGGCCUAGGCUAUGGCUCGAGUUGAUCACACAGUAUAAGGCAACUUGUACACCAGUUCCGUCCUUCACUUUGCCACUUGUUGUUAAGCGUGGGGGUUUCGAAACCGGAAUCAUUCCUAUACGUCUCUGGAGCAUGAAGAACCUGAUUAUCAUCAACGAACCAAUCUACAAGGCUGCAAUUGAAGAAUUUAUUGAAGUUUUCAAGCCUUUCGGGCUUAAUCCUGCGUGCAUCUCUCCAUCCUACGGCUUAGCCGAAAACUGUACUUUCGUGUCCACGGCAUGGAGAAGUGGAAAUAAUGGCAAUUUCCCAAUUUACAACAAGCUCUUGCCCAGUGCAAGACUGCAAGCUUCUUCAAGACAAUACGAAGAAGAAGACAUCGAAAUUUUAGUCGUGAACGAAGAAACUCACGAGCUUGUUGAUGAUGGAAUUGAAGGAGAAAUAUGGAUUUCAUCACCGAGCAAUGCCAAUGGAUACCUCAGCCACCCUUCGUUAACAAGAGAAGUAUUCAAUGUCAGAAUCAAAAACAAACUCACUGGGAACUUCGUUCGAACAGGAGAUAGGGGAAUUGUCAUAGGCCAAGAUCGAUACUUAUACGUUAUAGGGCGAUGUUCCGACAUCAUUAAACUCUCGAAUCGGCGAGAAAUCCAUCCUCAUUACGUCGAAACCACAGCUUAUAAUUCAAGUCCGAAUCUCCUCCGACCUGGCUGUCUUGCAGCAUUCCAGGUUUCAACAACAAUAGUCAUUGUUGCAGAGUUGCAGAAAACUCAAUCCGACGCAGAUUUUUCCCGGAAAAUUUGUGAAGAAAUAAGAAAAUCUGUGAUCGAGGAAGAGCAAAUUGAAGUGGGUUUGGUGGUUCUUGUGAAAUCUAGUCAUCUCCCGAAAACUACUUCUGGGAAGAUACAAAGAUGGGCUGCAAAGUAUAAACUGAAAGAGGGUGGAAUGAACGUAAUUAUGCAGAUGAAAUUUGACAAUCAUGCACGAAAUUUAACGUUGUUUAAUGCAAUAAUUCCUGGGAACGAAGAAGAAGAUAAAAGGAUGAAGAUUUCAGUGGGUGAAGAGGAUCAUCUUUCUCUGCGUUCUUCUUUGUAG